GAUGCCAACAAUAAGCGAGCAUCCUCAUCCCUGACCGAGGGCAUGUGUGCAGUUUCAGUGUCCAAGCUUUUGGAGCUGUUCCACAUCUGCUACAACUGCGGCUCAAUGGUGACCAUCACACAGUCAUGCUUGUCAUGUGAUGGUAUCUGGAAAUGGCAGAGCCAGGAAAUGAUUGGAACGGUAUAUGCUGGUAACAUCGGCCUAUCGAUGGCAAUUCUUGCAGCGGGUGCUAUUCCAAGCAAAGUGAUAAGAGUCCUGCAAUUCUGGGGCAUUCGAAGCAUUUCCUCCGGAACAUAUUUUCGACACCAGUCAAAGUACCUGAACCAGGCAGUACGUAAUGUUUGGGAGGAGGAGACCAUCCAGGCACUGGCAGCUGUAGAGGACGUGGCCAAACUCUCCGGUGAUGGAAGGUGCGAUUCGCCCGGCCAUUGUGCGAAGUAUGGCUCUUACAAGUUACAUGACACAGGGAGAAACGCCAUUGUCAUGACACAACUUGUUCAGUCCACUGAGGUUAAGAACUCCUAUCACAUGGAGCUGGAGGGCCUGUCCCGAUGUGUCGAUGAAGUGAAAUCAUACGUCCCACAUGUUAAGAUAGAAUUAACAACUGAUGGCCACAAAUCAGUGGAGAAGUGGUUGAGAGAGGAACAAUCGGACACCAUAAAGCAUUAUUUUGAUGUGUGGCAUGUUGCUAAAGGACUGAGGAAAAGACUCAAGCCCAUAACCAUGAACAGGCGGUUUCAGCUGGUCAACAAAUGGCUGAAAAGUAUUAUCAAUCACUUGUACUGGUGUGCCAUGACCAGAAAUAACGACCAAUCAUUGAUCUUGGCCAAGUGGAGAUCAAUAGUGAACCAUAUAGCCGGCGUCCACACGCACGAAGAAAACGAACUGUUCCCCAAGUGUAUCCACAGUCGUAUUCCAAGGCAGUGGUUUAAGAAAGGAACAGAAGAAUACGACAAGGUGUGUGCUCUGCUACUCAACAAGAACCUUCUACAUUCAAUCUCAAAGCUCAGCUCGGAUGGCCAGACAUCUGGUUUGGAGGGAUACCAUAGCAGCCUUCUACACUUCGCCCAAAAGAUGUACCAUUUCGGAGACCUGUAUUCAUCCACGACCGGAAGUGUGGCAGUCACAUAGAGCUUAUCAAAAUGUCAAGUUGUGACAAUUCAUUGCUGCUGCUGAAAUUCGGGCACCAAGUCUCUUGAGCUUCAGUGGAAUGGACUUUCCCCGUGUAUUGUUCAUGGUGUGGAUUGCUGCAUGAACACGACUGCGAUAGUUUUUAAGGCCUUCCCAAGAAAGGUGCUGAAAGCAUCCUCCAUGCCGGCACUACAUCUACUGUCACCGUCGGUUGUACAGCAAUGAACAACAUCCUGUUCCCUCCGGCGAAGUAUCUUCAGUGGGCUGACCGUGUUCUCGACCGUCGGUGCAUAGAUUAUCCCAUCCGAUCGCUCACGCACAACAUUGUUGUAAUCCUCAUGACUGAAACGAGACCAGCUACCAUCGGUUUUCUCUGGAGGCAUUGUCCUGCUGUAGGGCGAGUGACUCUUCUACUGGUUGCAGUAUCCUGCAAGACCUGGGUCCUGUCAGUUCUCUUCGCAAUCUCUGAUUGAGGUACUGAUGCAUCAGAUCACUCUUCAAGGACAAGGCAGUACCGGCACGAUAUCUCCUCAUUGAGAAAAUGACCAAUUUAACAUCUACUAUCUGUUGAGGUGGAUUCAUAACAAAGCAUUUGAGCAUUUUUUCUCUCUUUUUAAUGAAUCGACAUAUUUGUCGGAUUUCAACGCAUUUACAGAGUAUAAGUGCAGACCCUUGCGGAGUUGGGCACCAGAGCCAAUGAUGACAUGUGCCAAUAUAUUGUUAUUUCUGAUUACCUGUAUAGUCCUUGUAUAAAACAAACAGUGCUCCAUAGUAUUAAGUCAUAUUUGACAACAUUAUUAGCUCUUGAGUUUGGUUUAGCUUCAGAAUUAAAAGGUGGCACAUUCAGAUAUAGCUUUGAGUAGAUGAACUCCUCAAAUUUCUUUAAAAGUCAAUAUUAUUUAAAACUUUCUUUUGCAGACUGUUGUGAACAUCUAGGGGAAUCGGGAAAUGGCAGAAAUUCUGACCUGGGGUCAAAACUGGCUCUCUACUAGGGCAGAGACAUGUAUUCAUCCACAGGCGGAAGUGUGGCACUUUCACAUAGUCCGUACUGAACUGUGAAGCUGUGGUAAAUACAUGACUGUGAUGGGUGAAAGUGGAUUUAUUCUUCAUCUUUGGUGGAUUCUUAAUCUACAGAGCCAGGCCAUAACAGGGAUAUACUUUUUGAUAAUUAAUUAAGGAAAUAUUGUGUCAGUGGCCAGUUUAGAACUUGUAUUCUAAUAGGCCCACUCCGCAGGUGACGAUUUGAUGGCAAUCCUGUACACAAAUCAAUUUUUCUCAGGCAAUCGGUAUUGGAAUGUUUUGAAUUUUUACUAUUAUUUUGAUAAAAGCCUCUUCAUAACUCAUAUAAAAUUUGGUGGGAAUUAAAGCACCCUUGGUGUACUUUUUUCACCAACCUAUGUUCAUUAAAAUGUACAUAGAAUGUACACGCUGGCUAAUAGAGGUCUCUGGACUGCCAAUUUUUUUUUUUUUUGCGUCUCAGUAGUUAAGUUGAUUCAUAGAUACAGUAGUUGUCAGGUUCAUAAUAAUGUUCAGUUAUGGAUAAUUUGAUUCUUUUCUGGUAUUUUGAUUGUGUACAACUCAAAAUUUAGCAAGGGGGGAUUUGCUGUGUAUUCACUGUUUGUAAUUCGCGCCUUACGUUGGUGGC